GUAACACCCUGGAGCUCAGUUCCCACGUCUAGUUACACGUUACACGUUACCUACUUCCCUCUUCCGCCGCUUCUGCCGUGUCGACCAUGCCUUUGGCCGAUGCCGUGUUUGCGAGCAUGCUGCCUGUUGCGGUCCUAUGGUCGACUGUUUCCAGGCCUGCUGCAUGGCUUUGUGGGAAGGACGCGACAUCGCCGCUACCGCCGGAUGUUGACCUCUCAGGGAAAGUGAUGAUCGUGACAGGGGCAAACACAGGGAUUGGCAACAGGACUGCGUUUAACCUCGCCAAAGCCGGGGCCAAGGUGAUCAUGGCUUGCCGGUCGCUUGAGCGUGGCGAAAGCGCUCGCCAACAGCUGGAGGAGGAGAUGAGGGAAACGUUGUCGAAGGUGGAAGGCGGAGGCGGCGCGUUCGGGACGCGGCAAGGCACGCUCGAGGUCAUGAAGUGCGAUCUGAGCGAGCUGGAAUCUGUGCGCACAUUCGCUCGGGAGUUCAAGGCCAAGCACGGCGAUCGACUCGACGUUCUCGUCAACAACGCUGGGGUUGGAAUCACCGACGGUCCCCGGGUCACCGCCGAUGGCCUGGACCUCGUCUUCGGGGUGAACUUUGUGGGGCACUUUUGCCUAACGAACGAGCUCUUGCCGCUCAUCCAAUCCACCCCGGGUGCACGUGUGGUGUGUCUCAGCUCUGUGAUGCACCACAGUGGGGGCACGAAAUGGGAAUCUGCCGUGAUGGGGCACCCGAAGCGCAGAGGUGCGACAUACGCCGACAGCAAGCUGGCAAUGGUUAUCUUCGCCAAGGAGCUCAAGAAGAGAUUCGCCGUCGCCGGCUCGAGCGCCACCGCGGUCGCAGUUAACCCCGGGGCCGUCCGGAGCGACAUCUGGCGGAACGUGCCCAAGCUGGUGAUGCCGGUGUUCGACCUCUUCAUGAGGUUCUUGUUCCUCACCUCGGAGCAGGGCUCCUACACGUCCGUCCGCGCGGCGGCGUUACCGCUCGAGACCCUCUCCGGGAGCGGCUAUUACCAGCCCUACUGGAUGCCUUUCAAACGCCCCUUUCCGUUCGAGGUGUUCGGCCCCUUCGUCGGCUGCGCCCCUGGACGGCCGAAGCUUGUGAAGGACGAGCCGGCGGCGACCUCGGCCUUGUGGACCACGUGCGAGCGGGUGAUCGAGGCCGCCAGAGCUGCUCGCGGGGAUGCCCCUGGUGCUUCGAGAGGAUAACAGUGCUUUCCCUUGGUUAAGCCUACUGCACGCAACUUGUUGCAUGGGGGUAGGACCUUGUUUUACCUACUCCCUGGUGCUUCGCGGGGCUCUAGAGUUUUAACGAGGUUUUCCCCGGCUUAGUCUAGUGCACAGCUUAGCUUGUUCAUCAGGGUAGGACCCUGUUUUGCCUACACACCUUGUUGACGGAGCACGGGCUAGGUUGUGGGCUGAACGUGUCCCGUUGCCCAUCAUCGGCGGUGGUGCAAGUUUUGGGAGCCGGUUUAACGUUUUUGUUGCCCUAGUCGUUUGUUGGCCCGGGCGACGAAGUCCUCGGGAGACGGCCCACCGUUGGUUGUCUAUCUUGCCGCGCAGAGAUAAAUGCAUAUGUAUGUGCACGUGGUUGGGCGUUAUGGAGGUAGGCAUUUAUUUUGUGUGAGGUUUAGGGUCCAAGUCGUCAAUGUUUUUUUUUCUUCUGUCCGUACCAAGUGCUACUGUGAAUUAAAACAACAUGUAGCGACUUAUGCUUGCUCGUAUGCAUAUAACUCUUCAAUUUUUCAAUGCUUUACGUUCUUCCAACCCGGUUCGAAGCCCAGCGAAGCGACC